CCCCCAUCUCUCCAUCAGGGCUGGCUCGGAGCCCUGGCUCUGCUGAGCGCCCUGGCGCUGUGCCGCUGCCUGCGGCGCCCCGGCGCCCACCCGCACCUUCCCCACGUGCACUGCUACAGCGCGGGCGAGCUGCAGGACGGCGAAGCCCCCGCGCAUUUCAUCAGCCACAGCCUGCGCUGGGACCACUACGUGCCGGUGCAGCUGGUGCCGCAGCUGGAGCGCCUGCAGGACGAAGCCCGACGCCGGAGACGUCGCCGGCACCACCGCGAGCGCGCCUGCCCCGCGCUGCAGCUCCGCGCCGGGCUCCGCAGCGAGCCCAACGAGCGCUCCAUCUCCCCGUGGCGCUACCGCAUCGACGAGGAUGAGAACCGGUACCCCCGCAAGCUGGCCUUCGCCGAGUGCCUCUGCGACGGCUGCGUGGACGUGAAGACGGGCCGGGAGACCACCUCGCUCAACUCGGUGGCCAUCCACCAGACCAUGAUGGUGCUGCGCCGCAAACCCUGCCCGCGCCCCUCCGGCCCCGGCCUCGUCACCUUCGAGGUGGACUACAUCAAGGUGCCUGUGGGCUGCACGUGCGUCCUGCCCCGCACCGGGCGCUGACCCCUGCUCCCGUGGAGCCCCCCUGUCCCCCCAAAAGCGUGACCGUGUCACCGCUCCCCCCGCCGUGCUUGUUCUAGAGCACCCCCAAACCUCCACCCUUUUAUUUAUGAGUUAUUUAUGAGCCCUGCCCCGAGACGAGGAGCCUGCCGACGCCUGCUGGGGGCUUCUUUUUUUUAAAAAAAAAACGUAUUUAUUGCUGACCUCCCCCCCAAAAAAUAAAGGCAGCGGCCCCGGGGUCCAGCAUCAGACCCUGCGAGCGCUCCCCGGGCACUCGCUGGUUAUUUAUUCCCCCGUAGAGCUAUUUAUUGAGCCCUCCGUGUGCUAUUUAACGUCGGCACCGUGCAGAAAAAUAAAUCCUGAC